AUGGCUUCAGGGGCUGCAGGCCUGGCCCGCCCGGCCCGGCGCCGAGUCCGGCUCGUGCACCCGGCCGCGGCGCAGACCCGCUCGGCGGAAGACUGGUGGUGGGACCGACUUGCUCCGAGCGGCUCAGGGUACCACCUGCUGCAGUCGGACAGCAUGCUGCUGGUGCUGCCAGGUCCGGGGCCCGCCCGCCUCCGCGCGCAGAGACGCGUCGCCCGCCAAGCUCGGCGGCUGCGGUCCCCGGGGUCCCGCGCGGCCGAGGCCAAGCCCAGUUCCCCGCCCGCGCCCACACCGCUGCAGGAGCCCGACCCGGGCUGGGGCGACCGCGUUCCCCUGGAAAUCCUGCUGCAGAUUUUCGGGUUGCUGGUGGCGGCGGAUGGGCCUAUACCCUUUCUCGGCAGGGCUGCCCGCGUGUGCCGCCGCUGGAACGAGGCCGCCUCCCAGCCUGCACUCUGGCACACCCUGACCCUGUGUCCCCCGCUGGCUGGCCGCCCUGCCAAGAGUGGGGCCAAGGCUGAGAAGAAGCUCCUUUCUUCCCUGGAGUGGCUUAUGCCUAAUCGGUUCUCACAGCUCCAGAGGCUGACUCUCAUCCAUUGGAAGUCCCAGGUACACCCUGUGUUGAAGCUGGUUAGUGAGUCCUGUCCUCGGCUCACCUUCCUCAAGCUUUCUGACUGUCAUGGUGUGACCCUUGAAGCUCUUAUCAUGCUAGCCAAAGCCUGCCCUCAGCUCCACAGCCUGGACAUACAGCACUCAAUGGUGAAGUCCACGGCUGUGGUAAGCUUCUUGGAGGAAGCUGGACCCCGAAUGCGGAAGCUGUGGCUGACCUACAACCCCCAGACAACAGCCAUCUUGGGUGCACUGCUGGGCAGCUGCUGCCCACAGCUCCAGGUCCUGGAGGUGAGCACUGGCCUCAGCCACAACAUCACUCCCUUCCAGCUGCCUGUCGAGGCCCUGCAGAAAGGCUGUCCCCAGCUGCAGGUGCUGCGGCUGUUGAACCUGACAUGGCUGCCCAAGCCUUCCGGGCGAGUGAUAACUCCUGGCCCAGGUUUCCCCAGCCUUGAGGAGCUCUGCCUUGCUAGCUCCACCUGUAACUUUGUGAGCAACGAAGUCCUGGGCCGCCUGCUCCACGGCUCCCCUCACCUGCGCUUGCUGGAUCUGCGCGGCUGUGCUCGGAUCACGCCUGCUGGCCUACAUGAUCUGCCGUGUCAGAGUCAGUGCUUCCUGGGUGGCAGGUGGGCAGGCGGGAUGCGGGGAUCCUUGCCCACCCAAAGCUCAUACCCGCUCUUCUCACCUCCAGAGCUGGAGCAGCUUUACCUGGGCCUGUACGGCAUGUCAGACCGGCUGACUCUAGCCAAGGAAGGCAGCCCUCUGCUCACCCAGAAGUGGUGUCACAGUCUGCGGGAGCUGGACUUGAGUGGCCAGGGCUUCAGUGAGAAGGACCUGGAGCAGGCCUUAGCUGUCUUCUCAGACACCCCUGGGUGCUCCCAGCUGGCCCUGUGCUCCCUCAACCUCAGGGGCACUCGAGUCACACCAGGCACAGUUAGCUCUGUGAUAAGCAGCUGCCCAGGUCUGCUGUACCUCAACCUGGAAUCCUGCCGCUGCCUUCCCCGGGGCCUGAAGCAGGCCUACAGAGGCCCAGAGGAAGUCCAAUGGUGCCUGGAGCAGCUGCUCACCAGCCUCCCCUCCCCCAGCUAG